CUAAGAUUAAUCAUCAUGGAUAAAUAAUUUUUGAAGCAAUCUUCACAUAUCAAACUCUUAUUUACAUAAAACGUCAAUUAUAUUCUUUCUCACUACAGUUAGUCCGCCCCUUUUCUCUGCCUCCUUGUUCCCGGUGUCGCUCGGUCGCUGGCGACGUGCGCUUCUGCUAUUGUGUUUUCCUUUCGUUCCCUUCACUCUCUCACAUUCUCUCCUUCUUUCUCUUCAUUUUUUUUGCGUCUGGCAUAAAUUUACAAGUCUUUUUGUCGGUGGGUCAUUUUCAAAACAGCAAUUCUCAGAUUCGUCAAAGGAUCAUUUCAACCAUAGGCAGUUACUUAGUUAAAUCUAUCAUUUUAAUUUUAAUUUUCUUGUGUUUAAAUAUGGUUAAUGAUUUUUGGACUUUUGGAGAUUGAAAAUACCACUUUUAGUUUUUUUUUUUUUUUUUGGGGAUUUUUUUAGUUGAAUAUGGAUAUGAAUAUGAAUAAUAACAAUAAUAAGGGUAAGAGUAAAUUGAAACAGAAUCAGAAGAAGAGAGUGGAGCUGAUCCUUCUAAUUCUUUAUGCAAUUGGCUUCUACGCCUUUUGCAUCUGUCGAUCUCUUCACCUCUCUCGCGCAGAUCAUUUCUCCAAACUCCAUGGCUUGCGUGCCGGAUGGCUUUUCCCUCCUCGUCUUAAUGAUGUCUCUGAUGCCCAAUGGAGAAAUUUCCGAGCAAACUUACCCAUUCUUACCCUUGUCUUUGGGGUGUUUACAAUGCUGGCUAAUAUCGCCGGGAAAUCAUUCCAUUUCAGAGCCAAAGGGAUGUCCAUUAUUUGGCUUUUCCUUUCUCUCAUUUACCUGUCUUAUCUUCAUGGAGCUUGCAUCAUCUUUAUCCUUUUAAUUGCUUCAGCAAACUUUCUUCUAGUAAAGAUAUUUGCAAAUGCAAAGUACUUCCCACUUCUACUUUGGAUUUUCAAUCUAGUUUUUCUUUUUGCCAACCGUGUUUAUCAAGGAUAUUCAUUCUCCAAAUUUGGCAGGCAACACUGGGCGUAUUUGGACAAAUUUCGAGGCACAUUUAGAUGGCAUAUUUGCUUUAACUUUGUUAUUUUGCGCAUGAUAAGCUUUGGCUACGAUUACCAUUGGGCUCAUCGAGAUUCUCAUUUUGAUCAAGAGAAACAUAUCCGAAGAUGCCAUGUCUGUAAAUCAGGAAAAGUUUGUUACCAAAUUCUACAGGAGAGAAAUGUCCAUACCAACAAUUUUGCCUUUACAACUUACCUUAGUUAUCUGGUGUAUGCACCUCUUUACAUUGCCGGGCCAAUCAUAAGUUUUAAUGCAUUUGCCUCACAGUUAGAUGUGCCGCAAAAUCAUUACUCAAUCAUAGAGGUGACAUGGUAUGGGCUACGUUGGGUAUUCAGUUUGUCUCUUAUGGAACUAAUGACUCAUUUGUUUUAUUUCAAUGCCUUUGCUGCCAGUGGUUCAUGGAAAAAGUUAUCUCCUAUGGACAUAUUCAUCAUUGGAUAUGGGGUCGUAAACUUCAUGUGGUUAAAGUUUUUCCUUAUCUGGCGCUAUUUUCGGUUUUGGUCUCUGAUAGCUGGCAUUGAGGCCCCUGAAAACAUGCCAAAGUGUGUCAAUAAUUGCCAAAAUUUGGAAAGCUUUUGGAAAAGUUGGCAUGCGUCCUUCAACAAGUGGAUUGUGAGAUACAUGUAUAUUCCUCUUGGUGGAUCUCAGAGAAAGCUACUCAACAUAUGGGUUAUAUUCACAUUUGUUGCCGUAUGGCAUGAUUUAGAAUGGAAACUUCUUUCAUGGGCAUGGCUAACAUGUUUAUUCUUUGUUCCUGAAAUGUUGGUGAAAUCAGCAGCAAAUGCAUUCCAGGCUGAGGGUGCUUUGGGAGGAUUUGUUUUUCGCGAACUUAGUGCAGUUGCUGGUGCUAUCACAAUCACUUGUCUCAUGGUUGCUAACCUUGUUGGCUAUGUUAUUGGCCCAUCAGGCAUUAAUUGGUUGAUUUCUCGAUUCCUCAGCAAAGAAGGACUGCAUGUCUUGGGUUUUAUGCUUACGUCAUUUUAUGUGGGAACUAAGCUUAUGUUUCAAAUCCAUGAUGCCAAGCAAAGGAUGCAAUGAAAUUCAUUUCUAGUCUACAUGUAAAGCAUCUGUAUUUGAACCCUUGAUGCAAUUAGGAGAUUCUAAGCUAGGAAUGUUGGAUUUAGUAUAAUACUAUGAUCAUAGGGUCAUACUUUGUUUAGAAUACAGGUUAGAAUGGCUGGAGAUUAGGAUAGGGGUUCAUGACAUCUAAUUUUGGGUUAUCUUCACCUUUUGCAUUGGUAAAGGUCUAAUACUUUGACUUUAUUUUAUAAAGCCAUGUUGUCCUUUUUUAAUUUUUUUUAUAAAACAACAUAAUAUAAAAUAAUAGAAAUGUGAAUAUAUUUUUUUCGGGUGAAAAUAAUCUGUUAAAAAUAUGCACUUUACACUCGGAUGUAUUCAUGAAUUUAAUUUACGUAAUGAUCAAUUUUUUAAAAAUAUACAACUUCCUUUUUAGAACUUUGGAUUCCUCAAUUACGGAUCUUCCUUUAUCCUCUCCAAUAAUCUUUAUAAAUAGUUGGCAAUUUGGGUUCAAAGAGAGAAAAUUAUUGCCAUGAAAAAAAUAGUUGAUAGGUAGAUUAAUCUUUUACAAUUGCACAAUUCAGUAUUUCAUCAAUGAUUCCAAAAGAUUUAGGCCUAUUUGCAUAUCUUCAAGUGCCUGUCUAUCCAAGAACAAAAG